AUGCCCUCAAAUGAACAAUCUUUCUUGAAUUAUCCUCCAGCACAUGAGGGCCCCAACGUGCCGUAUAAGUAUGAAGACCAGGUCCUACCGAUUUUCCGCGGCACUCCCCUAGCUAUCGGCGCUACAUUAAUUCAUAAUAUUGGAUUUAUCCAAAGACAUUUCUGGAGCAAUGCUGGCUUCGGUGUCAUUCGUGAAAUUCCCCAUCUGGGCCAGUACGCCGGCCGCUACGAUCCAACGGUCAUCCCGGUCGACAAUACCAACCAGGCCGAGUCAGCAACGAAAGUCGCGUCUGCUAUUGUGGAGCGCAGAAAGGGAGACCAGGGGUAUUAUACUUCAGCCGACUACCACGCGCUUUACUCAUCGGGGGAGUUGACUCCGAUAGCUGUCAUCGAGACGCUAUUGCCUCUAAUCCGACGUGAUACCCAGCCGCCCGGCAAACACUCAACAGCGUUUCUCGAAUCCCAAGCCGAGUUGAUUCGUGCAGCAGCGGAAGAAUCUACGGAGCGAUACAAGAGGGGCCAGUCAUUGGGGCCACUCGAUGGCGUGCCAGUCGCAGUGAAAGAUGAGGUACAUCUCACAGGGUAUAAGCGCACGCUGGGCUCGAAGCUAGAUUUCAAACACGGUACGGAUGCGACUUCGUGGUGUGUGAAGCAAUGGCUGGAUGCCGGAGCUAUAAUCAUCGGAAAAACUUCCAUGCAUGAGCUCGGACUGGACACAAACAACAACAAUCCCAACUAUGGAACACCUAGAAACCCCCAUAAUAAGGAGUAUUAUUGUGGCGGUUCCUCCGGCGGCUCUGGAUACGCCGUCGGAGCGGGCCUUGUACCCAUUGCGCUUGGCGCAGACGGGGGAGGCUCAAUUCGUAUCCCGUCAUCAUUCUGCGGUAUCUGGGGCCUAAAGCCUUCGCAUGGCCGUGUAUCUGCCGCACCAUCCCAAAGCCUCGCGCCCACUGUUGGCGUUAUCGGGCCUAUGGCUGCCAGUAUCGAUGACCUCGCCCUCGCCUAUCGUAUCAUGGCCACUCCAGCGCCAGCUUCAGAAGACCCUAUUUCUUCGCAAUUCCCCUAUCCCGCUCCCUUGGAUCCUAAAACCGAGAGAACCAAGACGAUUGGGAUUGUCCGCGACUGGAUUGACCGCGCCGAGGGCCCUGUACGAGCUGUGUUCGAUCGCGCGCUCAACUACUACCGCGAGCAAGGCUACACUAUUAUCGAUAUUACAAUCCCCUACUUGCCGGAAAGCCAACGUGCCCACGCCCUGACUAUCAUGGCGGAGAUCGCAUCUGGCGUUGACGCAAGCAAGAUCCGGCAGCUCACAGCCCCGAACAAGGUACUUGUCUCUAUGGGAAUGUACCAGGUCACCGCACAGGACUUGCUCGCCUCCCAGCGGCUGCGCAAUCUUCUUAUGACACAUCUGGCGCACCUCUUCAAGACCCACCCUGGGCUACUCAUCGUCUCGCCCACAACGCCCAUCCCUGGAUGGCAUAUUGACGGCGGUCAGGCGGACUUGUCUCGUGGUUUGUCGGAUACCAAAUCUUCUGUGCGCAAUAUGGAAUAUGUUUGGCUUGCCAACUUUACUGGCUGUCCUGCCAUCAGUUGUCCUGCUGGUUAUACUCCCGAUGGCGGUGUGCCUAUUGGGGUGAUGGCGAUGAGCGAAUGGGGUAGCGAGGAAGAGCUGAUCGCCUUUGCUCGAGAUGGAGAGCCAAUCUUAGAUUUGCCUACCAGUUCUUUGCUCGAGGGAAACGGAAUGGCCUCAGCAAGUAAGGGCCUACGAACUCCUGCUGGUGAUUGCUCUGCAUGGGAAGAUAUCAUCUCGCAUGCCAAACAGAAUGUGUUGAACUAA